AUGGAUUUCAUACUACGGUUUAAUAGAGCGCUUGCCCAGCAACGUCAUGAAGAGAUAAUUGUUGAUCAUGUUGAUAUCAAUGAGCAGCCUAUGUUGAAAUCUCCAUUGAUAAUGGAGAAGCAAAUGGCUGCCAUUUGUACUCGUAAAAUUUUCUACAAGUUUCAAAAAGAGUUGUGGAAAUGCUUGGCAUGUGUACUUCAACUUGCAAGAGAGGAUGACAAUUUAUGCUUUUAUAAGGUAAUGGAGAGGAAAAAAGAUGGUAGCUUCAAGUUGAAGGCGCAAGAAGUCAUGGUUGACAAAGUUGCAGACUAUGCUUUAUGUAUAUGUAAGAAAUUUGAAUUUGAAGGAAUCUUAUGCAGGCAUGUGUUGGCAUACCUGAAAAUGAGACAAAUUGGGUAUUUGUCAAAUAAAUAUAUAUUAAAGAGGUGGACAAGAGCCGCAAAAUCUGAUAUAGUUGUGGAAGAGGGUGGAAGGCAAAUUACUACUGAAAGUGGUGAUAAUUCAUUAUUAAUGAGGCAAACAAGAUUGUCUAAACUUGCUUUUGAACUUAUUGAUGGUGCCUUGGUAUCUCAAGAGGCAAGUAAAGUUCUACUAGAAAGUUUUGAAGGUAUGCGAGAAAAGAUAAAUUUUGUGGUGCGUCGUAGUAACAAUAUAUGUGGAGGCAAUAAUGAAAAUGCAACUAGUAGUUAUCUUUCACCACAUUUGAAUGACCCUCUUCAAGUAAGGGCGAAGGGCUGCGGUAAAAGAUUGAAGAGAGCAAAAGAGAAAGCAAUGAAUAAGAGUAAACGUCAUCGCCAUGGGUGUGGACAAACAGGACAUGACAGAAGAACUUGUACGACUCACAUUAUUCAGUAA